GUCCAGUGUCUAGUUCUGUGAGAAGAGCACAAACACCAGGAUGGAUCCUCCUUACUUCAGCAGGAAGGAAGAAGUAUAUGACAUGAAACUGGGGACAUUUAGAGCAGACCCUCCAGAGCCCAGCUGUGUGUCUAUGAAGAGCAACCAUUCCAUGGAGCAGCCUCAUUAUUUCAGUAAUGGAAGAAGCAGCACUGAUCUAAGACUGCAGACAUUUAGAGCAGACCCUCCAGAGCCCAGCUGUGUGUCUAUGAAGAGCAACCAUUCCAUGGAGCAGCCUCAUUAUUUCAGUAAUGGAAGAAGCAGCACUGAUCUAAGACUGGGGACAUUUAGAGCAGACCCUCUAGAGCCCAGCUGUGUGUCUAUGAAGAGCAACCAUUCCAUGGAGCAGCCUCAUUACUUCAGUAAUGGAAGAAGCAGCACCGAUGUGAGACUGGGGACAUGUAGAGCAGACCCUCCAGAGCCCAGCUAUGUGUCUAUGAAGAGCAACCAUUCCAUGGAGCAGCCUCAUUACUUUAGUAAUGGAAGAAGCAGCACCGAUGUGAGACUGCAGACAAUUAGAGCAGACCCUGCAGAGUCCAGCUGUGUGUCUAUGAAGAGCAACUGUUCCGUGGAGGAGCCUCUUUAUUUCAGGAAUGAAAGAAGCAGCUCUGAUCUGAGACUGCAGACAUUUAGAGCAGACCCUCUAGAGCCCAGCUAUGUGUCUAUGUACAGCACUCAAUUGAGGAAUCAGCUUCUUUAUUUCAGUAAUGAAAGAAGCAGCUCUGACCUAAGACUGCAGACAUUCAGGGCAGAACCUCCAGAGCCCAGCUGUGUGUCUAUGAUGAGCUACCAUUCCAUGGAGCAGCCUCAUAAUUUCAGUAAUGAAAGAAGCAGCACUGAGCUGAGACUGCAGACAUUCAGAGCAGAACCUCCAGAGCCCAGCUGUGUGUCUUUGAGGAGCAACCACUCGAUGCAUCAGCCUUACAAUUUCACUAAUGACAAAUUUACCACUGAGCUGAGACUGCAGACAUUCAGAGCAGAACCUCCAGAGCCCAGCUUUGUGUCUAUGAGGAGCAACCACUUGAUGCAGCAGCCUUACAAUUUCAGUAACAAAAAGCUGAGACUGCAGACAUCCGGAGCAGAACCUCCAGAGCCCAGCUGUGUGUCUAUGAGGAGCAACCACUCGAUGCAGCAGCCUUACAAUUUCAGUAACAACAAAUGUACCACUGAGCUGAGACCUACAUUCAGAGCAGAGUCUCCAGAGCCCAGCUGUGUGUCUAUGAGGAGCAACCACUCGAUGCAGCAGCCUCUUUAUUUCAGUAACGAAAGAAGCAGCACCGAGCCGAGACUGCAAACAUUCAGAGCAGAACCUCCAGAGCCCAGCUGUGUGUCUUUGAGGAGCAACCACUCGAUGCAGCAGCCUUACAAUUUCAGUAACAACAAAUGUACCACUGAGCUGAGCAAUGUAAAGAAUGGAUUAUUCCAGAAUCCAAAGUCCAGGUGUGGAGUGUGUGAGCAGAUUCAGACAGAUCCAGUCUCUAUCACCUGUGGACACACGUUCUGUAGGCAGUGCAUUAACAGCUGCUGGGACCAGUCUGCUCCAUCAGGAGACUUUGCUUGUCCCCGGUGCAAAAAGAGAUCUAAAACACGUCCAGUUCUGUAUCCACUUAUGGAGGAGCCCAUGAAGCAGCAUUACUGCCCACCAGUGAAUGAUGUCUUACCCACAGUCUUAGAGAAACACAGAAUCAGUAUGAAGAACAGGUACGAGAGCUUAUUCGAGGGAUUCAAAACACAGGAGAAUAAAAUUCUGCUGAACAGGAUUUACACUCAGCUCUACAUCAUAGAGGGAGAGAGUGAAGGAGUGAAUGAAGAACAUGAAGUUCUACAGAUGGAGAAAGAACUCUGGAAACAGCUGCAAGAAAUACCCAUUAACUGUUUAGAUAUCUUUAAACCAGUUGAGGGAACUUUAGGUGGAAUUGGAGCAGAGAACAUUAGAGCUUGGAUGACUGAAGAAAGAAAAGGAGAUGAAGGUAAAGAAGUGCAGAAACUCAGAACUGUGCUGACUAAAGGCAUUGCUGGCAUUGGAAAAACUGUGUCUGUGCAGAAGUUCAUUCUGGACUGGGCUGAAGGAAAAGCCAAUCAGGACGUAGAUUUCAUGUUUGUGCUUCCUUUCCGAGAGCUGAACCUGAUUAAAGGUGAUCAGUACAGUCUUCAUAGACUUCUGUGUGACUUCCACCCUGAGAUCAAAGACCUGCACCCGAACAUAUUUGACCAGUACAAAGCCGUGUUCAUCUUUGAUGGUCUGGAUGAAAGCAGAAUUCCACUGAACUUCUCAGACUGUGAGAAAGUAUCUGAUAUAACGAUGACAUCAUCAGUGGAUGUGUUGAUGACAAUCCUCAUCAAAGGAGAACUGCUUCCCUCCGCUCUCAUCUGGAUCACCUCCCGACCAGCAGCAGCCAAUCAGAUCCCAGCUCAGUUCAUCAGCCGUGUGACAGAAAUCCAGGGAUUUAACGACUCCCAGAAGGAGGAGUACUUCAGGAAGAGAAUCAGUGACCAAGAACAAGCCAGCAGCAUCAUCUCACACAUCAGGACGAUACGGAGCCUCCACAUCAUGUGCCACAUUCCAGUCUUCUGCUGGAUCUCAGCCACUGUGCUUCAGAGAAUCAUGAAACAAGGUAACACAGAAAUCCCUAAAACACUGACUGAGAUGUACUCCCACUUCCUGUGCACUCAGACACUCAUGAAGAGUGAGAAGUACGAGGGAAAUGACCAGAGAGAUCUAAUGGAACUGCUGGAGUCCAACAGAAAGAUGCUUCUGAAACUGUCUGCUCUGGCUUUCAGACAGCUGAUGAAGGGCAAUGUGAUGUUCUAUGAAGAGGACCUGAGAGAGUGCGGCAUUGAUGUCACCGAGGCCUCUGUGUACUCUGGCAUUUGCACCGAGAUCUUUAGGGAGGAGUGUGUGCUUUACCAGAGGAAGGUCUACUGCUUUGUUCAUCUGAGCUUUCAGGAGUUCCUGGCUGCUCUCUAUGUGUUUCACUGCUAUGUGAGUAAGAACCUGGAGGAACUGCAGUUUCUGAAGCCUAGGGGUGUUAAGUGGAAAGACAGUGUUCUGUUGGAAGAGCUGCUGAGAGGAGCUGUGCGUAAAGCUGUUAAGAGUGAGAAUGGACACUUGGAUCUGUUUCUCCGUUUCCUGCUGGGAAUCUCACUGGAAUCCAGUCAGCAGCUCCUACAAAACCUUCUGACACAAACAGUGAGCAGCUCAGAGAGCAUCAAAAAAACAGUCCAGUACAUCAAACGCAUCAUCCAAUCAGAAGAUCUUCCUUCUGAGAGAUUCAUCAACCUGUUCCUCUGUCUGACUGAAAUGAAAGUCCAGUCUUUCUCCAAAGACAUUCAGUCAAAAAAGAAGCUCUCCACCGGAGAGUGUUUAGCACUAGCCCAUAUGAUCCUGAUCUCAGAGGAGGUGCUGGACGAGUUAAAUCUGAAGAAUUACUCAACAACUGAGAAGGGCUACAGGAGACUGAUCCCAGCUGUGAGGAACUGCAGAAAGGCUGUAUUACCUGGAUGUAAACUCACCCUGAACUCCUAUGAAACUCUCUACUCUACUCUGAACUCAGUAAACUCACCACUGAAAGAACUGGACCUCAGUAACACUGUCCUGCAGGAUUCAGGAGUGGAGCUAAUCUCUGAUUGGCUGAAGAGUUCAAACUGUAUACCGAAGAUAAUCAGAUUACCUGGCUGUAAACUCACCAUGAAUUCCAGUGAAACUCUCUGCACUGCUCUGAAAUCAGUAAACUCACCACUGAAAGAACUGGAUCUCAGUAAGACUAAGCUGCAGGAGUCAGAAGUGGAGCUAAUCUCUGAUGGGCUGAAGAGUUCAAACUGUAAACUGGAGAUACUCAGACUAUCUGGUUGUAAAAUCAACAUGAAUUCCUAUGAAACUCUCUGCUCUACUCUGAAAUCAAUAAAAUCAGCAGUGAAGGAACUGGACCUCAGUAACACUGAGCUGCAGGAUUCAGGAGUGAAGUUAAUCUCUGAUGAACUGAAGAAAUCAAACUGUAAAGUGGAGAUACCCGGAUUACCUGGUUGUAAACUUAUCCUGGCCUCCUAUGAAACUCUCUGUACUGCUCUGAAAUCAGUAAACUCACCACUGAAAGAACUGGAUCUCAGUAAUACUGAGCUGCAGGAGUCAGAAGUGGAGCUAAUCUCUGAUGGGCUGAAGAGUUCAAACUGUAAACUGGAGAUACUCAGACUAUCUGGUUGUAAAAUCACCAUGAAUUCCUAUGAAACUCUCUGCUCUACUCUGAAAUCAAUAAAAUCAGCAGUGAAGGAACUGGACCUCAAUAACACUGAGCUGCAGGAUUCAGGAGCAGAGCUCAUCUCUGAUGGACUGAAGAAAUCAAACUAUAAAGUGGAGAUACCCGGAUUACCUGGUUGUAAACUCGUCGUGAAUUCCUGUAAAUCUCUCUGCUCAGCUCUGAAAUUAGUAAACUCACCACUGAAAGAACUGGAUCUCAGUAACACUAAGCUGCAGGAGUCAGAAGUGGAGCUAAUCUCUGAUGGACUGAGGAGUUCAAACUGUAAUCUGGAGAUACUCAGACUGGCUUUAUGUAAUCUUGGAGAACAGUCUUGUGAGUAUUUGGGAUCAGUUUUACAGUCAGAAAACUCCUCCCUGAAAGAGCUGAACCUCACUAACAAUGACCUUCAGGAUUCAGGAGUGGAGCUGCUCUCUGCUGGGUUGAAGAGUUCACACUGUAAACUGGAGAUUCUCAGAUUGUCUGGUUGUUUGGUCACAGAGGAAGGAUGUUCUUCUCUGGCUUCAGCUCUGAGUUUAAAUCCAUCACACCUGAAAGAACUGGAUCUGACCUACAACCACCCAGGAGAGUCAGGAGUUAAUCUGCUCUCUGCUCUACUGGAGGAUCCACACUGCAGCCUGGAGACUCUCAGGUUGGAAUAUGCAGGUGAAACCUGGAUGAAAUCAGGAUUUAAAAAAUACGGCUGUGAUCUCACACUGGAUCCAAACACAGCGUACAGUGAGCUCUCUCUGAGUGAAGAGAACAGGAGGGUGGAGAGAGGAGGAGAGCAGUCGUAUUCUGAUCAUCCAGAGAGAUUUGAUGGGUGGGAUCAGGUUCUGAGUAGAGAGAGAGUUACAGGACGCUGUUACUGGGAGGCUGAGUGGAGCGGAGGAGGAGCUGCUGUAGCUCUGAGUUAUAAAACCAUCAGCAGGAAAGAAGGAGGUUCAGAAUCUCAGUUUGGACGGAAUGAAAAGUCCUGGAGUCUGAAGAUCAGUAAUGACAGUUACUCUGUUCUUCACAAUAAUAACAGAACUGAUCUCCCUCCUCCUCCCUCUCCCUCUAACAGAGUAGGAGUGUAUGUGGACUGUCCCGCCGGCACUCUGUCCUUCUACACUAUCUCCUCUCAUACACACACACACUCCUCACACACACCCUCACACACACACUCACACACACACUCACACACACCCUCACACACCCAAACACUCACACACCUACACACAUUCUACACCACAUUCACUGAACCGCUCUAUGCUGGGUUUUAUGUUUAUAUGGGUUCCUCAGUGCAUCUGUGUGAUAUAGAAUAGUGUGUGUGUGUGUGUGUGUAAAAGGUAUUUCUAGAAUAAAAAUCACACUUUUUUCAACUACAU